AUGGGCUCACCUGGGGCAUCACCGCAGAGCACCGGCACCAUGCGGAAGAGUUACAGCAGUGGAACGCUGCAGAAGACCGGUCAGGCCACAAUCACCAGUCCGAUGGCCGCAGAUCAUGAGAUGCCAAAGCUCCCGAAGUAUCUCAACGUCACAAACCUCACCAAGUUCCGGAAGCUGCCUUCCAGCACGGGAAACUUGCAUGGUUGGUUGGCUGAGGACUACAGUCAGAUCAACUGGCCCCUGCCCAAGAUGUUCGGCAAGGAGAAAUAUGGCUAUAGUAUGAUCGACAUCGAUGAUCCGCGCUACAUCAAGGAGUGCGCCCAGAUGUCGCAGAAGUUGAUCCGAUUGCACUAUGAUCAGCAGAUCAUUGACUACACGUGGCGGAACACCUACAAGGGCUUGUUGACGGCGGAGCAUCGCUUAGCCACCUUGCCACACAACAAGUGUCCUCAGAAGACCGAGGACAUGAUGAAGAAGGAGGUGGACUCCUGCAUGAAGCAGCUCUUGGAACUCCAGCAGCAGAAGGACAUGUACGAGCAGCAGAUCAAGGAGAUCUAUGAAAGAUGUGAUUCCAUCAAGGCAACCAUCAAGAAGGAGAAUGAUUUGGAAGACCUCCGGAAGACGAUGGAGAAGCAGACGAAGGAGAAGAUCUCCAUCGACUCGCCAUUUUGGAAGGCUAAGUUCAACAUCCGCUCGGUGAAUGCGGCAAAAAUGGCACCACUCGUGGCGUGGGAUGGACGACACCACGAGUCGCUUCACUUCGAGUCGUUGGAGCUCGAGCUGGCACUCAUGGCGCUCCCCGCUGCUGCGGGCGUGGAAUCGGAUCGGUGGCGCUUGGUGGGACGGAACGUGGGCAGCAGCUGGGUGGUGAACAACAUCAACUUCUACUCUGACUCACAGUGCACCACUGCCAUUCAGGCGCGACCCUUCCGAAGCCUCCAAGGCAAUGGGCUCCGCUACGACGGAAGUGCCAUCAGCGGGCCGAAGCAUGUGAGGACGUCCGCGGCGCCCGCGGAUGCAUUUGAGGCCAAUGCUGUUGCCUGGGAGACCGGUGUGCCGUGCCCCAGCACAGGCGACUCCUGCUUCAUUGGCUUCCAAUGGCUCACUGACCAGGUCGACACGGCGGGUGGCUUUGCCACAGUGGGCAUCCUGCAGAGGGGCUCCGAGGCUCCGCAAUGUGUUGCCUUGGAUCAAAGCUCUGAGGCCAAUCGCUUCGCCAGCUCGGUCAUGGUGCAGUACUGGUCCUCCUCAGCCAGGGCGUGGCAAGAUCACACCGAGAUGUCGGGUCUCACGGGCGGCGCUGCCCAGCUGCGGAUCCCCGAGGUCCCUUUGGCACGGUGA